CGGCGGCGGCGCUGCGCCCUCAGGUCCGGGCUGUGAUUCCAUCGGCAGCAGCUGCAGUAGCACUGGGGAGCCCCCGGCCUCGGUCCUGAUCCCGGACAAAAAAUGGUGCAGAAGAAAGCAGCUGAACUUCAGGGUUUCCAUCGUUCGUUCAAGGGACAGAAUCCUUUCGAGCUGGCCUUCGCCGUCAACCAGUCCAACCACCUAGAAUCUGUCUUCAAUUUCGAGUGCCCGGCCCGCCCUGACAUGCCCUCGAGCCAGCCUAUCGACAUCCCCGACGCUAAGAAAAGGAGCAAGAAGAAGAAACGAUGCAGGGCCACCGACAGCUUCUCUGGAAGGUUCGAAGAUGUUUACCAGUUGCAGGAUGAAGUGCUGGGGGAGGGAGCCCAUGCCCGCGUCCAGACCUGCAUCAACCUCAUCACCAACAAAGAAUACGCCGUGAAGAUCAUCGAGAAGCGCCUGGGCCACAUACGGAGUCGGGUGUUUCGGGAGGUAGAGAUGCUAUACCAGUGCCAGGGACAUCGAAAUGUCCUUGAACUGAUAGAAUUCUUUGAGGAAGAAGACAGAUUCUACUUGGUGUUUGAGAAGAUGAGGGGUGGCUCCAUCCUCGCUCAUAUCCAUCAGCGACGUCAUUUCAACGAGUUUGAGGCCAGCAUGGUUGUCCAGGACAUUGCCAGCGCCCUUGACUUCUUGCACAAUAAAGGGAUUGCACACAGGGAUCUUAAGCCUGAAAACAUCCUCUGUGAAAAUCCUGACCAGGUAUCUCCAGUCAAGAUCUGUGACUUUGACCUGGGCAGCGGCAUCAAGCUCAACGGGGACUGCUCUCCCAUCUCCACCCCGGAGCUGCUCACCCCGUGUGGCUCGGCGGAGUACAUGGCCCCCGAGGUGGUGGAAGCUUUCAAUGAGGAGGCCACCAUCUAUGACAAGCGUUGUGACCUGUGGAGUCUCGGGGUCAUCCUCUACAUUCUGCUCAGCGGCUACCCACCCUUCGUGGGCCACUGUGGCAGCGACUGCGGCUGGGACCGGGGUGAAGCUUGUCACACCUGCCAGAACAUGCUUUUUGAGAGUAUCCAGGCAGGCAAGUACGAGUUCCCCGACAAGGACUGGGCCCAUAUCUCCUUUGGAGCCAAAGACCUCAUCUCCAAGCUGCUCGUCCGGGAUGCCAAGAAGCGGCUGAGUGCGGCUCAGGUCCUGCAGCACCCCUGGGUGCAGGGGUGUGCACCGGAUAACACCUUUCCCACUCCAAUCAUCCUGCAGAGAAACAGCAGUGCCAAAGAACUCACCUCCUUCGCAGCAGAGGCAAUCGCCGUGAACCGCCAGCUGGCCCAGCGUGAAGAAGAUGAAGAGGAGGAGAACCGACCAAUCGUCAUCAAAGCUACCUCGCGUUCCAUGCAGCUGUCGCCACCAUCCAAGUCAAAGCUGGCCCAGCGGCGGCAGAAGGCCAGCCUGUCCAAGGCCCCGCCGGCCCCCCAGCACCUGGUCAGCCCCUUGGUCCUGGUCAGCGACCACAUGUAACAGCCCCCACCGGGUCCCCCUCCAGCCCCUCCUGCGCAUUCAUCCCGUUGAGGUUUGGGGGGGAGUGGGGGAGGGGGUCGGGUUUUUUUUUUGUUUGUUUUCUUUUUUUUUUUUUUAAGCUGUUGCCAGCCGGCGAUCACUCCCUCCUCUGGCUGGUUUCCAGGGAGUUCAGCUGAUCUUGGGAGUCGUUUUUUUUAUAAACAUUUUUUAAAUGGUCUAAUGGUAUUUACCAACAAAGAAGAAUGCGGCACGCAUCGAAGGGCGUGCGGCACACUGACAUUUGUGGGUCCUUUUUGUCGUUGAGGGUCUCCUCGCUUCCCACACCAAAGGAUGCGCCGUAAGCUCAGCUCAGCCCAUACUGUGAAAGAUGGCCAGUCAGAUGUGUGAAAAGUCGCAUGGCUCUGCACCCCGUGCCCCAUCUUCCAGCCCUCGCUUUACCCUCGCUCCCCUCCCAGACAGUGUAAACAAUCUUAAGUCUUCCAGAGCCGGCUAUGGGGUGGGAAAGUGCGGGUGGUGGAGGGGGGGUGCGGAGAGAGAGGCCCCCCCACGGAUGUGCAUAUUAUAUAUAUGUAUAUAUUUUACGUAUAUACGUAUAUAUGAAGUUCAUUUCGCCUUCAUCCACCCCGUGGGAAAUUCUCAGUAUUUAAGGGAGAUUUUCCCACCUGUCCUGGGUGCCGUGUGGAGAAGGGAGCAAGAGCUCUCCUUCUCUUUUACUGUUCUUCCCUUCUUGACCCCCAAGCUGUCCUGUUGGGGGGCUGGCUUGGAGGAGAAGGCUAGCACACCUGGCUGCUUUGGGGUAGCAGCAGGACCCAAGAGGACGAUUCUGUGCGGGGAAGGUAGAACCCACACCCCAUUGGGCCACUCCUCCAGGGCUCCCCUCUCUCCCCUCAUCUUCCUCUCCUUCCCCCAUCCCACCCCAUCCCUGACUGGCCAGAAUGUAAUCGAAGAGCAGGGUGGUGGCUGGCUUUCUUCCUUUCUCAGCCUCCACCUGCAAAACUCCUCCUUCUUCUCCCUCCUCUUCCUCCGCCCCCCAGCUCCUGGGGCAGACAAUCUGGGUCUUUUUUAAAUUUCCUUUAUUUUUCUUUUUUUCUCAUGGGGCCCUAUUAGGUAUUGGCCUCCCUGGGGGAAGCAAACCUACCCGACUGCUAGUGAUGGGGACAAGACACUGCUGGAAGGUGCUGGUCUGGUCGUUAAAAUACGGGUGAUUGCCGCGUCCCAGGCAGGGAGGAAGGAGAGCGGGGUGCUCCAUGGUCCCCGGGUUUGUGGCCCUUACCCCUACACCCCCCGUGCCCCGGUCAAACUCGUGCCAACCUUGGGGGAGACAGGGAGGAGAGAGGGUGUCCGGGAAGACCGAGGGGGAGCUUUGUUUUACCUUCCUUGGCUGGAACAGGCUGCUCAGGUACCUCGUGCUGAUUGGCAUUGGGGCCCAACAAUGCCCAUUUUCAGGGUUCAGGAUGAAUGGGGCAGUGACGUGCUCACGGCAGUGGGGAGGAUGUCCCCACAGAACACUGAAACCUGAAGUUUAAAACCCUCUCCAGCCCCUCGGGGCCACCCACAUUCAGGAAGAAAGCUUGAAGCUUCCUGCCUGGGCUUGGGGCAUCCUGGAUCUUGGGGUUCAGCUGACCCAAGGUAGGGGAGGAAGGCUCUAGUCAGCUCUGACGCGACACUCUUCCCGGGAUCCUCUCCAGCGCCCUCCCCGGAGCGGGCACUCUCCGGCCGCGGUGGGGGGCUUUCUUCCCCACCCCACACCCCCUUUGGAUUCCGGGCUGUGAUCUACUAUGCAAUACCAGUGCCGUCUUAUGUAUGUCCAGAUAUACACAGAUCUGCGUGUGUAUCUAUGGAGAGGGAGAAUCUCGUCUUCCCCUGCCAGGGAGGGGAAGGCGCCGGGGCGCGUUGGGCGGGAAGUCCUCAGGUUUUCUUUAGGCGGUUCCCCCAAGCCUCACACAGCAUUUUUCUCGUCCCCUCGGCCCGUCUUUCUUGGCUAUGGAAGUCUCCUUCGGUCCUCUCUCCCUCGAGGGGUCUGGAUCUCGCCGGGGAGGAUUCUGGGGAAACCGUAGUCUUGCUUCUUCAGAGUCCGAGGUCUUUGAUUGUACAUUGUGUUUUUAUAGGGAUUUUUGGAGCAAUUUUGUUUUUAUUCUCACUUGUAGAUUUCACCCUGCCCCCCCCAUGCUCCCCCCACUCCCUCCAAUCCCUACCCAACGGGUAUUUGUCUUAUAUUAAGAAUACUUGAAUGGUGUACGUCGGGGUCGGGCUAUCCCCACACGACACCUGGAAUCCUGGUCACACCUGGGGGAGGGGGAACAGCUUUUACAAAAAAAAACAAAAACGACUCCCUCCUCCUGUUACCCCCCCUCCAGAUGCCUUGACCCCUCCCCCUCCCCCAAUCUUCUUUGGACAUACCUGGCAGGCCAGGGCAGGACCUGGAGGAUCGCCGUUUCCUCCCCUACUGACCUCCUGAGUGUUGUGGGGCGGGCCAUGACAGAGGAGGACGAUGGAGAGGCGGCCUUCCGAUCUCGGGCCCCUCACUCCGGCCCCCUUGGUGGGUCACUUCCGACUCCUUUCCAAAGACACUGUCUGCAGUAUCUGAAGUUUCUUGACUAGGACAGGGGAAUAAAAGGCAAAUCAGUAGUGGUUCUUUCCAGCUGGGAGUUUUCUGGAGUUUUUUUUUUCUUCCCCCCCCCAAAAAAAACCCAACAACAAACAACAACAAAUGGCUAUUUUCCCCUGCUAAUCAGAACAGAUCAGAUACUGAUGACUGACUUUGUUUUUGUUUCUUAAAUUUAGGUUCACUUUCUACUUCCUGCCCAAUUCUUCUCCCCCCACCCCCAGUCCCCCUAAAGCCAAUUAAUUCAACUUGGAACUGGUUGGAAAUGUUACUGUGAACCUGACUUUUUCAAGGCUCAUAAAGAGAUGCAACCCCCCUGUCCUCACCCCAACCUGGGGUAGGCCAUUCUCGAAAGUGGCCGCAAUGAUGUCACACACUGCACUGCUGGUAUCCAAGACUGGCCCCCCCAAACCCCCCCAUGAGAGAGGGCAUGUCAGAUUAGAAACUGCUGAAAAAAAAAUACAACCAACAAACAGACACCAACCCAACAGAAAGAAAAGGAGGGGAAAAAAGCACUUUAACUAUGGGGUACCAGGUAAACUGAUACAGCUCAAGAGUUUUCCUUUAUAACAACGAUCAAAUGCCAGAAUUUUGUAUUCUGUUUUGUAAGAAUUUAAUAAAAGCAUUGCAACCUAUUGACUGUCAAA